GGCGGGGGGUGAGGGACGGACGGACGGGUGGGUGGGUGAGUGAGAGGAUGUGAAGAUGGCGGAGCUACAGAUGCUGCUGGAGGAGGAGAUCCCGGGGGGGCGCCGGGCCCUGUUCGACAGCUACACGAACCUGGAGCGGGUGGCCGAGUACUGCGAGACCAACUACAUCCAGUCAGCAGAUAAGCAGCGAGCCCUGGAAGAAACCAAAGCCUACACAACCCAGUCAUUAGCAAGCGUAGCCUAUCUGAUCAACACUUUGGCCAACAAUGUUCUCCAAAUGCUGGAUAUCCAGGCAUCCCAGCUUCGACGCAUGGAAUCUUCAAUCAACCAUAUUUCACAAACGGUGGACAUUCACAAAGAGAAAGUUGCUAGAAGAGAAAUUGGUAUCUUGACUACAAACAAAAACACCUCAAGAACUCACAAAAUCAUUGCACCAGCUAACUUGGAGCGACCAGUUCGCUACAUCAGGAAACCUAUUGAUUAUACAAUUCUAGAUGAUAUUGGACAUGGAGUGAAGUGGUUGCUUAGAUUUAAGGUCAGCACCCAGAAUAUGAAGAUGGGUGGGCUGCCUCGCACAACACCACCCACCCAGAAGCCACCAAGUCCACCGAUGUCAGGAAAAGGAACUAUUGGGCGGCACUCCCCGUACCGCACGCUGGAGCCGGUGCGGCCCCCGGUGGUUCCCAACGAUUACGUGCCCAGCCCGACGCGCACCAUGGCCCCGGCCCAGCAGAGCCCGGUCAGAACGGCCUCGGUCAACCAGCGCAACCGCACCUACAGCAGCAGUGGGAGCAGUGGAGGAAGCCACCCAAGUAGUCGGAGCAGCAGUCGAGAGAACAGUGGAAGUGGAAGUGUAGGUGUUCCCAUUGCUGUUCCCACACCAUCUCCUCCUAGUGUCUAUCCAGCCCCUGCUGGCUCAGCUGGCACUUCUCCCCUUCCUGCUACCUCUGCUCCUGCCCCAACUCCUCCUGCUCCUCCUGCCCCUUCCUCCGCUGCUCCAGAUGCUGCUGCUGCUGCAGGAGCUCAGCCCCUUGCUGAUGGCUUCACCUCUCCAACUCCCCCUGCUGUUUCUUCCACACCCUCUGCAGGUCACCCAGUCCAGUUCUACAGCAUGAACAGGCCUGCAGCUCGGCACACACCCCCAACCAUCGGGGGCUCUUUGCCCUAUCGGCGGCCUCCUUCCAUCACAUCACAGACGAGCCUUCAGAACCAGAUGAACGGGGGCCCGUUCUACAACCAGAACCCAGCAUCCCUUGCUCCUCCUCCCCCCUCCAUCCUACAGGUAACUCCACAGUUACCACUAAUGGGAUUUGUGGCCAGAGUUCAAGAAAACAUUUCAGAUACUCCUCCCCCCCCACCGCCUGUGGACGAGCCAGUGUUUGAUGAGUCUCCACCUCCACCCCCACCUCCAGAGGAUUAUGAGGAGGAGGAAGCAGCUGUGGUGGAGUACAGUGAUCCCUAUGCUGAGGAGGACCCUCCUUGGGCACCGAGGACAUACUUGGAGAAGGUGGUGGCAAUCUAUGACUACACCAAGGACAAGGAAGAUGAGCUCUCAUUUCAGGAAGGUGCCAUCAUUUACGUCAUCAAGAAAAAUGAUGAUGGCUGGUAUGAGGGGGUCAUGAAUGGAGUGACGGGGCUGUUCCCGGGGAACUACGUGGAGUCAAUCAUGCAUUACUCAGAGUGAAGACCAGAGGACAGAACACUGCAUCUUCUGCUCCAGGAGCUGGCAGGGCUUCCCAGAUCUCCACCAGCCUCUGGGGCCCCAUCCAGUAUAACUGAAUGAAGGAUAAUUGUAACAACCACUCUUUUGGGUUUGGUUUGGUUUUUUUUUUUUCUUUUCCCCCUCAUGAUAAGACAAUAGUGAUUUGAGUUGUUUGAACAAAUGGCUGGCUCUUCAGCUGCCAGCAGAGGCUAUCCUGAGCUAUCUGACUUUGAAUUAAGCUGACCCAUUCAGAUGUAACAAACUUGCUGAGUAGCUCAUACUUCACUCAAAUUCUGACUUCUGACAGGCCUUGGGAUCUGUCUCAGGAAUCCUGUGCGCCCUCAUGGUACUACCGUUGGAAGCAAUGCCUGGCACUGGGGAUGUCCUGGAUGCUUGUGGUGAAGGUUACUGGCCAGUGGACAUCCCUCCUGUUUCUACACUACACUCCUGUGCAGCUGGAAGAACAGUCAUGUGCUAGCAAACACUGGGAUUUCUACACAGAGACGUUCCUGUAACUGACUUCCAGAUAGCUGGAUACAUCUUUAGCAGAAACACUUCUGCAGCUGCUCUGCACACAUAGGCUGACACAGGGCACACAGAGCCGGCUUUCAUUCACUCACCUUUCAGUUUAGACAAUUCAGAUGGCUGCAGCCCAGAGGACCCCCCUCCCCAUUUCUCAUCUUCUGAAUGCCACAUAUUUGUUUUGUGUUCUGCACUGAUGUAACUGUGCUCCUCUCCACAGCGAGCUCCUUGCCACGGCUGCUGCUGGUUCACACAGAACUCAGAGAUGCCAUUGAUGGUGACGGCAAAACAAAGUUAACAGAUCCUCCUGGGUCAGAGGAUUAACUCUAGGGGGUGUGAUCUAAGGUUCAAAUCUACUCAUGCCUGCUUGCACUAGAGAAACUUGCCCCCAACUUUAGUUUUAUGCACAAUAUAAUCUUAAAAAUCCAAUCAGGUAUUGUAAAUUGGCUAUUUUGUACUUGAUGACUAGAUUUGCAUAUGUACUGUGAGAGCCCUGUGCAGAGGCAGGACAAACGGCAAUUGUCGUCUUCAUGUCUGCUGCCAAAAUCUCUUCAGUGGAAGCAAAAAGGGCUGUUGUGUGUACUGGUUUCCCAUGGAAAUCCAAGCAGUAACUAGUAGUAGUCCUAGCUCUUCCCCAUGCCCUCUCCAUUGUUUAUUAUAAUAGAUAUUUUCAGCUGUACUGGUGGCUUGGGGUGGAGUAAUACCAAGUGGAGGCUCUGUAGCCCCUUGUGAUGAUACUUGGCUUUGUAAUCUAGUCUCAGUUAAAAAUUCUGCUCAGUGAUUAUACACAGAUCACUGUAAGUGAUGGUUGUACUAGUCUGCCCUUAGGAACAUCUAAAUGUUACCUUUGGGUAAAUACCCCGUGCAUUAACGAAUUACGUUUCCUUUUAAGUCUUAGCCUGCAAAUUGAGCUGAUCCUGUAUUGUGAGAGCCUCCUGGGCAAGGGCAUCUUCCUGGGCAACUUCAGACUGUCACCUGGCCAAGUUCUAGCUGGUACCAAGAGUAGCUUGUCCAAGGUGAGACAGCGCUGCAGCCGGAGAGGCCAGUGUGUAAAACAGAGCAGUGCACGGAAGAGUGGGGCUGGCUGUGUGAUGGCAUUGGCACCAGUACAGGUAAUUGACCCAGCCCCUUGCUUGGUAAUUAGUGCACUACCAGCAUGGAGGUCCAGGUUUGGUGCCAUCCUGGGCAGGGAGGUGACAUAGCUGCUCAGAGGGGAAGAAGAAAGAAACAAAUAGGUGAGGUGUAUUUGUAGGCCAUGGAGGAAUGUGAUCACCUGCUGUGAGCUUGUGGAACUCCUGUGACAGCACUCAAGAAACUGGUUUGGUUAAAGUUGCAGGAAGAACAACUUCGAAGAAACUGGUGUGCAGAUAGAAGUGGCUUUCUGCCUUGCUAAUUCACACGUAGUCAAGGCACUGUUGUCUUCUUUCUGGAAGCUGACAGAAUUAUUGUUUGGGAUGAGUGUUUGCCAGAAAAGAUACCCUUUAAACCUUUUACUCUCUGAAAGUUUUCUUGCGGCAAGGCUAAGAGAAGGAGCCAUGUUCAGCUCCCUCAGCCCAUCAUUUCUGUGGGAGCAAGUCCAGAACCACUGGUUGUGCAGUCACUGGAAUGACUGUUUCUAGUGUCAUUGGGCAGGUCUAAGCUUUUGGCACAGGGAGGUGGUGCUUGUAGCCAAGGUGCUUGAACAGCAGCAUUCACAAGCCUUUGGUGCUUACAGGGCAGCUGUGUUUUCCAGGAAUAUCAGAGCUUUCCUGGCUUCUCUUACCUUUGAUAUGUUUACGGCAAAAACUGAGCCCACAGUGCUCAAAUGCAUCAUUAGGGCAGCUUAAUGAGUUCCUAAGUGAGAGCUGAACCUCUGCCUGUGCACCCAAGCUGCAGCUGGCAGGUCAGACUUCAGUGAAACGUGUCUUAACCCACUCUGUGCAAGAGCUUGUGCUUGAACACUUCUGGCAGGUGGGUGGGGUAGUGUGUACUCCCACUGUAUGUGAUACAAUCAGCUGGUUUUUCGUCUUGCAAGCUUUCUGUGUUGUGAGAGCAGAGCAGUGUGAGAUGAAACUUGCCAGAGCCCAGCACAGAAGAUGAGGCUGAAAAACCUUGAAAGUGGAAUGUGUGACAGCUCCUUGAAGAACUGGCUUUAGUCUGAUGGGCCAGGGGUUAGUCUGGUCCAUGCUAAUAGCACAUGGAAUUGUUUAUCCUGCAAGAACUGCUGUGGAUGGAAUUUCUGGGUCAUCGCCUGCUGGUUUUACGCUUUAUUAUGCAGUACUAAUGUAAAGAAAUUGGUUGAGUUUUAGGCAUAUUUUUAUUUUGUACAGAUUUUAAUUCUGUUGCUUGUUUGGGGAUGAUGUGAUGUAAUGGUCAUAGACCAGGCCAAGGUAAACAGGCUUUGUAUAUUAAUGUUACAUAGAUUGCAUGCUAGUAAAGUCAGUGAGGGUUGUGUUUCCAGUUUUGUCCCUUGUACUUCUACUUGUCCAAAACCUUCUCUUCCCCACCCCUUUUUAAUUUACAGGUUUACUUUAAAAGGGGGUGGAAAAUGGGGGGUGGGGGAGAAACACCUCAGUAUUUUAAAUAAGGUGCACAUCAUCUCGUCACUGCUGAGUUUUGCUGCCACAGCUCAUGGUGUUCUGCAUCACAGGCUGUUGAAGCAGGAGUGUGUAUGCAUGAGAGAUGGGGGAAGGAGACACCCCAGCAUAGCCCAAAGAGUGCUGAAUGGCCAAAAUGUGUAUGUUUCUCCCUUUGUGAGAACUGCCUUAGCCCAGCCAGCUGUUUUAUUUGUGCACAGAAAUUGUUCAGCAUCCUCUAGCGGUGUAUUUUGCCUUGGUUUGCUGUGUAACAAAGGUUUCUUCCUCCCUCUUGGCACCAGGGACAAAGCUAUAACUACAGCUGCCUCUCCAUCAUGUGCCUGCAUGAGAGGAGGUCUGAGUGAGUCUGUCACAUCCAGUGCUGAAGCAGGUUAAUUUUGGUGCCUUCAUUCCAGCUGAAGAGAGAUGGCUGAGGCUGCAUGUGUCUCACCCGUUCUUUCCUCUCUUCUCUUCCCCUUCCCCCCAAGCUGUUUGAGCAGUGGGCUGAGAGGGGCAGGAGAAGCGACCAGCAAAUUCUAUGCUUGAGUGUCCCACGGGUGUGUCCACAUGUGGUGGCUGGAGUAGGCACCAGAGAGCUGAAGCAAUGCUGGAACACUUCCUGGUCUGACUGGUGAGAUACAGGCAGACACUCAACCACUGAAGAGCCAUUGCUCUCACUGCAGGACAAGAGGUGUGGCAUGGCCCUGAGGGAGAUGACAGAGCUUGGUGUGUGUUACCAGGAGGCUGACCAUGUUCCUGGAAUUCAGCUUGUCCUUGCACAUAGUUGAGUUGGAUGUCAUCAAAGUGUCUGGAGAUGGCUGCUGGUGUGAACCACAGGUCCUGUGGUGUGUGGCUGGGUGGCUUACCUGUGGGUGCCAGAAAGGCUUAGACCCAGCUAGUUCUUGCUAGAGCAGUUUGUUCUCCUUUCACAGCUGCUGGGCAUUUUCUUUUCUUGCUGCUGAGGAUUCUUGGUGACAGCCAAAGUUGACAGUGGCAGUAAUGCAGCUUCUGAAAAGUGACACUUUUUAUCUGGGGUAUUCCAGUUGAUCAUGAAAAGAAAGCAAGGCAGCAGCAGGACUGAGGAGCCUUUUCCAGCAGAGGGUGUGUGGGCUGCCUGCCUGCUGUGGAUGUGCGCGUUCUUGACUAGAGGUGGAAGAGGACUGCACUGAUACUGUUGUACUUCUGUGUUGUCUCCCACCUGUGCUUGAUGGUGACUUAAUGCUGUGCUCUUCCUAGCAGCUUCCACCAUUUCCUGGCAAAUGCUGUGGAUGCACCUCUCUGCUAGAAAUGAGCUUGCUUGCUUUUCUAUUAGUUAUGUCUGUGGGCUCCAGGCAUAAAGCAAAAGUUCCAUGUUUUCCUUUCUGGAAAGAAUGGAACUUUAUGUGGUUUAGUAAACUGGGAGCAUUUUACAGAGCUUCUUCUCUGAGAGGUGCAACAGGACCUUUUGUAAAACAGGUGAUGUCUGUAUUCUCUGCAGGCCCUUUUUGGAAGUUGCCUAGAGGAUGCUGUUGAACCAUGGUGCUGUGGCUUUACUAGGAGCAGUAGCUGCAUUCAGAGUAUAGAGAGUCUCUGAUUAAGCACUGCAGCAUUUCAGGCAUUACAAACCCCAUGCAGAGACUUCAGUACGUAUGUUGGCAACCGUGGCAGUGGAAAACGUACAGCACUGUUGAAUUCACUAAGGCAAGUAUUUACAACACUAACCUCUAGCGAAGGUGGUGGUGGAAACUAGGCACCAGCAGGAUGAUGGGCUACAGCGUCUGGGGUGCCAGUUACAAGAAUUUACUAUGCUUACAAGUAUAGUCACCUUCCCCAGCUUCUGGCAUCUCCCACUAUUUGGCACUGCUGCAUUUUGUGGAUAAAAUGGUUAUUACACAGAAGUCAGAACAGUACUAGAAGGGAACAAUGUGUGGUUUGUUUUGGGGUUUUUCCCCCACAGUAGCUGAAGUCAAUGCGUAGUAAUGGUCCUAUUACCUACUUCUGAUGUUAAAACUUCAAGCAUAGUGGGACCUCCACCUUCAGCUUGAUGCAGCCAAGGUUUGACAACUGCUGGUAGAAAGAAUUAUUCACAGAUCAUGGUGUUCUGCUGCUUUCAUUUGAAAAAAAACCCCCACCCAUGUGUUUUGUGCAAUCUCCAGGGUUUUUUUUGGUACUCUAAAUAUACUGAUUUUAUUAGCACCCGUGCUUAUUACAAGACCCAUUACAAGACACUGAUGGCAGCAGUGGCCUGCUGUCCAGAGGUAAGCCUACACCCAGGACCCUGCUAAACACUGACAUGGGGGGGGACCCUGCUGAAAUGAGUGCAGGACAUUUGUUCCAGUUUCUCUUCACACCUCUGAAGAAUUCUACCACUACUGACUAAUAGCAAGAGCUAUGUACAAAUUUAUUUCCAUUACAGCACCUCGGUAAGUGCUGACAUGUCCCAAGAUUUUUUUGUAAAGAACAAGUGCUUCUUUUCACAUUUGAAAAAGUGUCUUUUGCAACUUGCAUGGACUAGUAGUUUCUAUGAAUUCUCUGGAGAUGUCAGUGUCUAACAUGGAUUUUGUCCAUGCACUUUUUCUGAAAGCAGAUACCCCCUUUUGGUUUGCAGUUGGAGCAGCACACUGUGCUUUUGCUUUUGGCACUGCUGAUGCAGUGGAUGGAUGCAGAGCCCACUGAAAAUGACCAAGCCCACAGGACUCUGGGGAGCUGUAUGCCGCCAGUAAUGUUUUAGUGUGUGUGCCAUUUGAACCACCUUCCAGUGAGUGCAAAAGCCAAUUUUUAAAUUUUUUUUAAUUGUACUUGGAAUUAACUGUUGCUGUGUACUAAACCCUCUUGUUAUGAGCCCUAAAUAAAAAGAACGAAGCACACCCCGUA